UUCACAACAUUAUACUCUCCAAACACUUAUACAUUCAACACCUAAAAUCUAUAACGCGACGAAAAAUUCAUAACUAGCAACAUGAAAUCCUUGUCGACCACUCUCUGCCUUGUUUUGGCUUCUGCCGUCCUAGCUUUGGCUCUAGUGACUGCUGCACCCCCCAAUGCCGUCACUACCACUGCUGAUGUUAUUACCACAACUGAGGCUGGUGAUAUUCCCGAGCCCACCUCCUCUGUUUCUGAGGGCGAUGGUGGUGUAACCCCUACGACCGGGCCCGUACUCCCUCCUGUGCCCUCUGCUGGCACUAGUGGUGUCGUUGUUCCUCCCGUCCCAUCUGCUCCUAUCGGCACUACUGGUGGUGCUGGAUCAUCUACUGUGAGUGCACCCAUUGCAACUGGCACAAAGCCCUCGAGCGCUCAGUCCUUUACAUCGCAGGCUUCGGCUCUGCUUGUGGUUACAGGAGCAGCAACUGCCAUUAUUGUCGGCUUUUAGACAAAAAAAAUAAAGUAGAAUACCCUCCAUUUUGUUCAAAAGCAUAAACCACCCCCUUUCUCUUCCCUAAUGGACUUCUUUAGUUUAAUUGAGAAAUUAAUAAAUAAAUUAAC